ACUUAAGAAAACAUUCAAAACAGGUUCUGAGUAAUACCUUUGAAGUUCAUUAAUUUUUCCCAAAAAGUCUUAAAUGUUUAAUUGGAUUUGGUUCUGUAGUAGAGGAAAAGAGAGAGACUUUGAAAAGAGAGAAGUAUAUAUAUAUAUAUAAGUUGACGCUUCCUGGAAUUGUAAAUUUUUUUUUUUUCUAAAGCUCUGGCGAAAUUUCAGCUCAUCUUACUUAAUCUGCAGAAUCUUCUUUCUCUCCCUUUUCUAUAGCCGCGGAUAAACCCUAGAAUUGUUUUCAAUUUCAAUACUUUUUGGAUCCUAAUUACCCACCUUGUCUGAAUUGUUUGUUGUUUUUAAAUUGUUGGAAGCUCUUACUUGGGUAAAAGAAUGGGGACUCCGGAAUUUCCAGAUCUGGGGAAACACUGCUCCGUCGAUGUUUGCAAGCAGAUCGAUUUCUUGCCCUUCACCUGCGACCGUUGCCUCCAGGUGUUUUGUUUGGAUCAUCGAAGCUAUAUGAAACAUACUUGUCCAAAAGGCGACAGAGAAGAUGUAACCGUGGUUAUCUGCCCUCUCUGUGCUAAAGGAGUCCGGUUAAACCCAAACGAAGACCCGAACAUAACUUGGGAGAAACAUGUCAACACUGACUGUGAUCCUUCCAACUACGAAAAAGCCACGAAGAAGAAGAAAUGUCCUGUUCCAAGAUGCAAGGAGCAACUAACAUUCUCCAACACCAUCAAGUGCCGGGAUUGCAAUAUCGAUCACUGCUUAAAACACCGUUUUGGACCUGAUCACUCUUGCCCUGGACCGAGAAAACUCCCAUUCAUGGGUUUCUUGAGUAGUAGUAGUAGUAGCAGCAGCAGAAAAGAAGCUAAAACAACAAGACCCAACAAAGCUUCAACAUCAUCAUCAUCUUCAACUUCCAGAUGGUCGAAUCUCUUAUCCUCAGCAGAAGCAGGAAUUAGCAGACUCGGUAACGACAUAAGCCAGAAGCUACAGUUUUCGAGCAGCAGCAGCAAUGAUGGUAUCAUAGAGGUUUGUCCACAGUGCGGCGCAAAAUUCUCUUCAGUUACUAGUCUUGUGGAACAUGUAGAGAAAACACAUGAGAGGAACAAGAAACAGAAUCAUGGCAGCAAAAAUACGGUCGAUGUUUGCCCCAAAUGUAGCAGAGGAUUCCGUGAUCCAGUGGAUCUUGUGAAUCAUAUCGAAAGGGAUCACCGAGGUACAUCUAAAACAUAGGAACAAGAGGCCUUCACAAAGCCACACCCACCCAUCACAGAUUCUUGUGGAAAAAAGUAUUCAACAUUGUAUUUUUCUCUUCGUUUGACUGUGGAUUUAAACAACCAAAAAGAAAAUAAAGAGACACAAUUCUUUAAAGGUCAAACUCAUGUCAAGAAAUGUAGACCAAUGUUAUAUUAAAUCCAUGGCCUUUUUGAGUGGUAGGUAGAUUUGUGAAUCGCAUAUAACAAAGUUACAGGUAUGUAUAACAAUUUAAUCUUUCUUAACGAACCUAACGUUGACUUGUA